GUGGCAUUAGUAAGGUGAAUGAGGUUUUGUAGAGCAGCGACUGCAGUUUCUAUGGAGAGGCUGAUUUUCGGGAAAUACAAAUGUCCAACAAGAUCAGCAGGCGUCGUUGAGCGACGAAGAUCAAAGCUGGUUGUGCGCUACAGCGGCGCGGCGAGAAGAUACACUGAUUCAGUCAGCAGUGAUCAGCGAACGACGAGUACACCAAAGUAAACUCAACGGCAACGGCAACAGAAACGGAAAAGGCAACAAUUAUUAGGCAACUCACCGAGCUAUCGACGUUUUUGCAUUGUAUCACGAUAUAUAUUAGGUAGUAUGUGGAAAACACGCGGGUGAAUGUGAAGAAACACGCGGCAUGCCGAAAAUCGAACCGAUCUAUCGAAGAAACGACUGUUUUCACACUUUUUACGGUGCAAAAUUUGCUGAUUUUUCAUAAUUUGCAUGAAAGUGCGCGCAUUACUUGUAGAUAAUACUCAUUAUUAUCUUUUCGUUGCUGCAUUGUGUGUUUGUGCUUUUUUAUUAUAUUUGUUUUUUGCAACGUCUCCAAAGGCAUUGAAGUGUCGGUCAAAGUGAUGGUAAGCGGGCGGCGCGCAACACUUUGCGGUCUCGGUCUUAAUGCUUCUAUGCCAAAGUGUAUUUAAGUUCACACAUUGUGCUGAUUGUUGUUGGCAUUAAUAUUGUCGAAUAAGUGAAAAAUAUUACACGCUGUGAAAGCCAAAGCCAAUGAUAUUAAAGAGCCAUUGGAAGUGCAUAAAUAUUUACACAAGAAAAAAGUGACGCAAGAAAGAAAACGCAAACGGAGAGAGGAGUAGAGUUAAGGUGUUUUAUUGUAUAAUAAAAAAAAAACCGCAUCUACAGACUACGUUGCAGUUUGCAGUUGUCGGGGCACAAAGAAGCGGCGUUGAAAAAUCUUGCUGAUAUUCCUCAAUACUCACUACUUCCAGUGAAGCAGUCCUUGCCCCAUUAACGGAUACAUACCUACUUAGUAUAUUGCGACAUAGCAAAAAAGAAAUAAUCACUUCGCGAAAUCACCAAGUGAAACACGCCUGCUCAAACUAAAAUAAUUGCAAUUAGUCAGUAAUGAAUACCUGGUUGGAGAUACAGCAUUCACAAUCCAGCACAGAGGCAGGCACUGCUACACCAAUCACUACAAAUUCGACAGCAGCAAAGGGCAGCACGCGGCAGCACACGCGACGGGCAGGUGGCGGUGUUGCACGCAACAAACGAACACCAAGAACAAAAAGUGGUCGCAGCAUUGCUGGCGGAAUACUUGACACCUUCGGUCCGCGUUUUAAUCGUUUUCAGUCGGUCAACUACACCGCAUUGCAACAGGGUGAUCUCGAAGCAGGUGUGAGCGGUAGCAGCAAAAAUAGCAACAACUAUCUCAGUGGCAGUGAACACGGCAGUAGCAGCGAGGAGGACAUUUUUCCCACACGCAGUAGCGAUACACCGCCGCCCAGAAGGAAAGCGCGCAGAAAAAUGGGGCGAAGACCAGGUUAUUCGAUGCGUGAUGCCUUCGAGGAGGGCCGAGCGCACAACGAACGCCUUCAAAUAGCACCGCUAAUACAAAAUAGAAAGAGCGUUGAAAUUGCAAAAGGACUUUUGCUCACCUCACUGCCGCACCAUACAAAAGUGAUGACCUGCAACCGCACGCCUUCGCCACCAACGAAUGACUGCUAA